UGAUUUGGAACAACAAUGAUGAGAAGCCGCUUGAUUGCCACACCUCGGAUAUCUCCUCUUCCCACCUCCCACAAAACAGAACCGCAACUCCUGCAACAAAUAAAUGGACUUCUCAACAUGACCACCAAGGACGCAGACAACAGUGUCGAAGACGCUCUGCUGGACGCGAAAAAGAUGGACGGCCCUACAAUGAAAUGGGCGCCGAACGAUGUCUUUCGAGGCAAACCCCGUGCUUUCUUGACCUAUCACGUUAUGAACCAUGGGUAUGCUUAUCUAACUCCACUAGGAGUGACACUUGGCGGCGUGACAGCCAUGAUCCCACCUCUCAAGAAGAGAAUAUUCCCUCGAUUGACACCACUUCAAGCCGCAGGGACCGUUGGUAUGGGGGCUGGAGUCUGUGGUAUGGCGUUGGGUCUUGGCCUGAUGUACUCCGUGUCGGUGGCCAAAGAUCCCAAGAUUCCCUUUACAGACGACGGAAUCCAAAUGAGAGUCGAUGGACUUUCCCACAACUUUGGUGUCCGUGUCAUGGACGCAGGUGUGGUGGGCGGCUUCACAUCUGCUGGUGGUCUCAUGAUUCUUUUAGGAGGACCAACCUCUCUAGGUUUGUCGGCAGGUGGAAUGGGAGUCCUUCAAGGAUUGAGCUUGGGCUCCGCCGUUGGAAGUAUCGCGUCCAUUGGGUGCAUCUCGGCCAACAAAGACAACUUGCCAAAGUCUAGUACUGCAAUGGAGUGAAGAAGAUGAAAGCCUGAAGGAAAGCCAACAAGUGAAUUAUCUAUGCAAGAAAUGAUGCACAGCUGCACAGCAUACCAACCGCGUAGUAGUAGUACGAACAACCGUAAGGAGCUCCCGAAUAGCUUCACGUACCGUAGUUGUAAUAUCUAGUCAAAAGAUGCACCAGCUCUG